AUGUUUGAGCCCACCGACGCACGGUCAGCUUUUCCAUGUUUUGACGAACCAGCGAUGAAGGCUACGUUUACAGUUACCAUUAUAAGACAGGGGCAGUACAGAGCGCUUUCUAAUAUGCCUAUCGACAGCACGGUGAGCAUUAUGCUACAUGACUAAGAGUCACACUUAGAGUCAAAAGAGAGAUUAACGGUGAACUCUGAAUACCUUCAGUGCUAGGCUAGGUAUAAUCGGGGAAUUGGCAAAAGUACUUAUAGGGUACAAUCUGAAGACUAGAAAAAUCUCGUAGGUACAAAUAAUUGACAAAGUCUCCCCCCAACUGAGUCCGAUCGACUCUUGCCAAGAAGAAUAGUUUCCUUCGGAUCCAAUCUUGUCCGUUUGCCAAUUUUCAGCCCGUUCUUCCUGUGCGCUUUGCCAUUUUUUUUUAUUGUCUCGCGAACUGACGUCCGGCUGGUCGGGAUGUUCAUGGGCUUCGUCCAUCAGACUCUAUUACUGUGUUAGGGUGCAAUGAAAAAUCCUUAAAAAUUGCUUCAGGCACACAGAAGAAAUCAUUCAAAAUUGUUUCCGAAAGGCAACCGCCUCAGUUGCCUGACGGUAUGUCUUCCAGGGGUCGGCAGAACACACUGAGAAGGGAGUGAAACAAAAAAAGAAUAAAAUAAGACCCACACGUAAUUCAAAAUUCAAAAAUAAUCAUAUGUUAUACUCAACUGUUUGUACAUGAAUCGCCAAUCCGUAAAUUUCAGAGUGGAAUGGCCACAACCUUUCCGGGGAACGAUUUCUGGUAUCGUUUGGGUGGGCAAGGGUUAGUUAUGAUUGUCCAAUACUGUCAACAGGAAACCUUUACAAUCAGUGGCCACUUUUCUAACAAACACACGCGAAAGAGCGACCCAUUAUCCUCAAAACUUAACACCUAAUUGCCUCUAGACAAGUAUAACAUAAAUCUUACCACCGUAAUAUAACAACUUGGGCUCUCUCCUUUUUUCCAGGUUAAAAUUGGAGAAGAUUUAUACGCGGAUCAUUUCAAAGAAUCCGUUAAGAUGAGUACUUAUUUGGUAGCGUUUCUGGUGAGCGACUUCAAGUCCAUAGAAACUAACACAAGUAGUGGCAUCAAGGUACAUAACCAAACCUAAUUUAAACCAAAAUUACAACAUGGUAUACUGCGACGAUACGUUUUGACAAUUCAGCUGACAAUCGAAAUAAGAGAAAAAAAAAGGCACAAGCUCGUUACAACUAAACAAUGCCGACAUAUGCGCAUCUAGACUAAAAGAACAUUUGGACGAUAUUGAAGACUGUAGUCAAACCUCUAUGUUGAAACACCUGUUAUAGGCAACCACCUGUUCGAAAUACCAAAACCUUAAAAAUGAUCUGACCAGCAUCUUUUGUGCUAUAUCUAAAAAAUUCGACUGUAGAUGGGUAAUACGAUUAAUGCAAGCACACGCUAGAAGCUUGACUACUCGUGCUAAUUUUGUUUUACGCUAGCUUUUCCUCUUCUCUUGCUCUCAGGUUAUCAUCGAUGUCGGCUGCUGUAUUAUAUAAAACAAAAAACAAAACAACAACAACAAAAAAGAACCCUGAGCAUUGAGCAGCGUUUCCUAAUACAGUUGAACCCCUCCACAACGGCCACCUUAGGGACAGGUGAAAGUGGCUCCCGUUGUAAAGAGGAGGCCGUUGUAGAGAGAUUUAAAGAGUCAAGGGGCGCAAUCCAUUCAACCAAGAUUCCGACCGGUCCGACCCGGAAAAUUGGUCCACCUCAAUAGGUGGACCAGUUUUUUUGAAACUUUUCCGGUUAGAGCGAACCGAUCCAUCGAGUUUUGGACCGAAAUUUCAGGAAAUUUUGGUUGAAUGGAUCGCGCCCAGGGUAUGGAUUAUUUGUCCGCCGGGACAAAAUGAAAGUGGCCUUUGUAGAGAGGUAGUCGUUGUGGAGAGGGGGCCGUUUGUGAAUUUUUUUUUCUUUUUGAAAGAUUACGCGCGUUUUACUUUCUGUUCGCACAGGUCCGUUUGUGGGCUCCUCCGUCGCAGAUCUCACAGGGUACUUACGCUUUGGACAUCGCUGCAAAUACUCUCUCAAAUUAUGAAAAAUUCUUUAAGAUACCGUUUCCUCUGCCAAAGCAAGGUAAACAUUGUUCAUGUUAUUAUAAAAAAGCAAUUAUAUCACGCAGAAAGGAAUUAUUGUUCUACGUUAGAGGCUCAUUGGGUCUAAGUCAUCAAAAAACAAAUUAAUGAAUUAUCUCGCCGGCCUUUUUUUAAAUACCGUUUAUCAGAAACAUUAAUUUUGUUUUAAAACCUCUCUGUCUGGUUUCCUUUUCCAUUAUAUCUGGUCGGGAGUGUCCGAUGAACAUUUUAAAGGCUGUAAGAAAUAUCAAACUAUUCCGCUAUUUAAGUUAAAAACCGCUCAGAUAUUUCGAAAAACGAAUUUCGCGCCUUGGGUCAGUUCAAUUGAACCGAUCUAUUUACGUCAAUUUUGGGAGAAAAUUUCGGCAAAUUUUGAUACCUUAAACGGGAUUGGCCAAAUCGAACGUCAUAAAGUUUCCGAUCAGAAGGACCUGUCCAAGAGAAGAAUACCAACCACCUUUUGCACUGCAGUCUCAGGAUCGACGGUAACUGAGACUUCGUUCCUUUUACAAAGUUUCAAGCGAAAGGGUCUCUUCGCUCGAUCAGUUACCCAACGGCGAGCAAUAUGUCUCACGCCACAGCUUACGUUCCAACCCGUCAUAUUGCAGAUCUGGUUGCAAUUCCUGACUUUGGAACGGGAGCCGAAGAAAACUGGGGCCUGAUAGGAUAUUCCGCUGCCAUGGUUCUCUUUGAUCCUAAUAAAACAUCGGAUUCUAUUAAGCAAGAUGUGUGUGAGACAGUCACACACGAAUUAGCACACCAGGUAAGCGGAGAAUCCAGGGUUCAUUUCCCUGAAAGGCUACUAAGUUAGGAACGCAACUACUCCCAACAUUGUUGGGCCAACAAUGCUGGGAGUUGUUGCGUUCGUUUGCACGUAGCUAAAAUUUUGAGUGGUUUCAAACUUUGCACAACAACUUCCAACAACAUGCAACAGGGUGUGCAAACGGACACAGAAUGUAACAUCCAACAAUGUUGGGAGAUGAUGGACAACAACGUUGGGUCCGUUUGCACAGGGCUUCAGCCUGCGUAGGGAGGGAUGGGGGAUUUUUCUCCCACUCUGCUCCGCUUUUUGCGCCUGCCACUCAGUUUAGGUUUCAUAAGAUGGUAAACUUACAAUAGACUCCACUCUGAAUUUGAAAAUAGCUAACGGCGACAGGUUUCACGUAAAGCCCUGUGCAAACGGACGUAACAUUGUUGGCCAACAACUUCGAACAUUGUUGGAAGUUACAUGUUGCGUCCGUUUGCACACUCGAUCUGUUGCAUGUUGUUGCUUUUGGUUGGGAGUUGUUGCGCAAAAUUUGUCGGAAAUCGGUCAAACUAUUAGCUACGUGCAAAAGGACGCUACAACUCCCAACAUUGUUGGCCAAGAAUGCUGCGUUUGUUUGCAUGGGGCUUAAGCUCGUGUUUUUAAAUGCAGCACUAAGCUACUGAAUGGAACAAAAUUAUCUGUUUUAAAAAUAACCUGAAAAGUCAACCUAAGUUUCUCUUGUUCAAUUAAUUAUGGGAAACGAUCUAGUGUACUUAGGUUUAAAACUACUUUAGUUCACAUGACAAGAUAAAAUGUGAUCAGUAGUUUUUUAGACUACUAUGUCUGCUCUGUUUUUACCAAUUCAACAUAAAUGCUUCUGCCAGUGCUACGAAUGGUAUUCGAGUAGCAACGGAUAUCCCAUUGACUUUAACUUAAUUACUUAACAUAUCAGAGAAAAAGCUAAAAUUCCUUCAAGAUCGAAAACGUACGUGUAGUGCAGGACAGGACGGCGACGUCCAUUUCCCCAUGGCAACGGUCGUUGCUUUUUUAAAAAUCGAUGCCACUAUUGGUAACCAAGCUUUUAGUCAUGAUAGAUGUUAUAUAUUACAUGGAUUUAGAUAAAAAGACAUUUUUCGACGGCACCUGCAUAAAUGCAGGUAGCCUAAAAUCAAGAAUUUCAAUCACAUUUAACUGAAUCAAUUCCUUAAUGACCUGCCUUGGCUCACUACAUGGUUUCGGCAAUACAUUAUUGCUUCUUCACCAACGCAACCUCCUUUUCCCAGAUGUGCAGUUGUUUAUAAAGGCAUUUUUACUGAUUUUAGAGGACUGACGCAACAAAAAGUCAAUGCAUUAAUCUUUGUUUUGAUCUCCUUUUUCAGUGGUUUGGAAACCUCGUCACUAUGAAAUGGUGGAAUGAUCUUUGGCUUAAUGAAGGCUUUGCAACUUAUAUGGAAGAUAUAGGAUCGAGUUUUGUUGAGCGAAACUGGAGAAUGUUGGACCAGUUUAUCCUUGAGAAGCUUUACAAAGCGUUCAGCGACGAUCAGUCAAAAUUUUCACAUCCUAUUUCGGUGGAAGUCAAAGAUCCCAAAGAAAUCAAUAACAUCUUUGAUUCUAUAUCAUAUGAAAAGGUCUGAAAAUUUAUUUGAUAUAAAUGCAGUGGAACCUCGGUUUAAUGAACCGCUAUAUCGAAGUCCUAGGUACACCGUAAUUUUUAGGGAGUUAUUAUAACUUCAAAAAUGGGGUAAAAAUUUUAGGUACAAGAUAACCCUUUUUGGGGGUUACUUUAACUCCUAAUUUAACUCCUAAUUUGGGGUCAUUUUUACUCGUGAAAAAGAGUUCUUUUUACUCCCAGUCUAGAGUUAAAAUAACUUCGAAAUGGGGUUAUUUUUGCUCUUUACAUGGGUUGUUUUUACUCUUUUUGGAGUUAAUUUAACUCUGAAAGUGGAGUAAAACUUUUAGGUACAGGAUAACUCCUUUUUGAGGGCUAUUUUAAUUCCUCAAUAUCUGGGGUCACUUUUACUCCUGAAAAUGAGUUCUUUUUACUCCCAGUCUGGAGUUAAAAUAACUCCGAAAUGGGGUUAUUUUUGCUCCUUACAUGGGUUGUUUUUACUCUUUUUGGAGUUAAUGAAACUCUGAAAGUGGAGUAAAAAUGUAAGGUACAGGAUAACUCCUUUUUGAGGGCUUUUUUAAUUCCUCAAUAUCUGGGGUCACUUUUACGCCUGAAAAAGAGUACUUUAAACUCCUUUUUGGAGUUAAAAUAACUCCCCAAAAAAUAAUUCCACUGUAAGGAGUUAAAUUAGCCCCACUAGAGGAGUUGUUAUAACUCCUUGAAAAUUACUGUGUACGUGUAACGAGCGAUUUUCUUCAGCCCGGCCCAAAUUGCAGUAAAAUGUAUGGAACAGAACCUCGAUAUAACGAAUAGAACCUGGAUUUAACGAAAUCCUCGUUAUAACGAACACAGUCCAGAAGCGCAAACGUAAAAUAUACCUCGAUAUAACUAAUAAAUGUCAAUGUGACCAAACGAUAGCUAAAGAUAAAUGCGAUUAACAGACCAGCGAUGAUAAAAUUUAUGUGUACAAUAGUUUUAAGCAGUUUUGUUUGCCAGCAGUUCUUGAGUUUCUAGUGCCGUAUCUAUGCACAGCUCUGUACUGAAACCAUGAUAGCUUCAUAUGCAAAUGUUUAUAAAAAAUUAUUAGAUUCGGUUUUGUGAUAUCCAGAAUAAUCAAGGUCUCGGUAAGGGUUAUCAGCCUCAGCCGAUAACCCCUACCUCGACCUUGAUUAUUCUGGAUAGUCAUGUUUUUGCUUCUUCACUGACGGCAAGCAACACAAAUCGGCCGAACUUGUCAUGAGUACCCUUAGAAAUCAUGCACCGCGGUCAUACAUGACAUGAUUACCCAUGAACUUGAGUGACCUUAGUAGAUGACGUCCCAGGCGCUGAUUUCCAAAACUCACUGUACGUUUUCGGCCAAUCACAAUAGAGAUAGUGAGUUGAAUGUAUAAUAAUUACAGAAAUUGUUCAGACCCGGAAAUGCUGUGUGUUGAGAAUUAAUCAUGACUAAUCAUUAACAAACUAUAUAUACCUCGCCGUUGAUAACGAACAUUUUGGUUGUUUUCUAGAAAAUUCGUUGAAUCGAAGGCUUCGAUAUAACGAACCCCCGAUAUAACGUGCAAUUUUCCCCGGUCCCUUAGCAAUUCUUUAAAUCAAGGUUCCACUGUAAAACUAACGUUUGAGAAUAAACUGUUUGAAACAGUUAAACCAGAAUGUUUUAUAUGGAGUCAUGAAGACACUGAAAUGAUCGAUGUUCUAUGUCAGUUAUCCGCGUUGAUUUUACUUGCUUACUUUUAAUUUAAAUUUAAUUCAAAUAAUGUUAUUUAACAUGACACAUAUAUUCAACCACAAUCUUUCCCUCUUUGUUUUUUCCCUUUCUUUUCUCUCCCUCUUUAGGCCGGAGAAAUUUCGAGGACACACGCACGCUCCCCUCGGUGAAAAUGAUUUUUUCUUUGGGAGCUGAAAAAAACCAUGUUUCACGAGCUUUUCUCUUGGCAAAUGGUUUAAUUUUGUUGCCGUUAGUCGCGACGCAUGCUCAGGUAUUGUGCACGCGCACACGAUACCUGGGAAGUUUCUGUUUCUAUUGGCUAUGAAGACUCAAAACGUGAUGGGUACGUUUGGCUCUGUCGUUUGUCACAAUUAGUCGAAUUGUCGGCUGUCCUGUCAUCCGAUUCUGUUUUCGUCAUCAGAUUUGCUUGGUCCGUUAAUAAGUCUUUUGUAAUAUGCUGGAAACUGUUGACUACGAUUUUCUCGGCAACGAAUCAACGCUCGUCUUUUCAAAUAAACGUUACGGCUAUUUGGAUGAAGGAUGAAUAUGGUUUAAGAUAAGGCAUUGGAUCUCCAUUUCUGUAAAAAAUGAGCAAGCUCCAAGCUCUUCUUGUCUUUCUUUUAUAUUAUACCUUCUUCACACUCAGUUUAUUGCUGGAGGGGAGAAACUGAAGAUGGGUUAAAAUGAGUUUCUUUUAAAACUAUCUGUCUUAACUGGCCCAAGAGCCGGUCUUCUAUGAUGCCCUACAAGCCAUCGCCAUUUUACCAUGAACGUUUCGACUGGCUUAAUUUUUUCUUUCUUCCUCAGGGUGCAUCAGUGAUCAGGAUGUUGAGGGAUUUUCUUGGCUCGGAAGGAUUUACAUCCGGACUCCAGUUAUAUCUUAAGAAAUUUGCUUAUAGAAACGCUGUCACCGAUGAUUUAUGGGCAUGCAUGACUCAAGUAAGAUAAUAAUGGGUUUCUCAGAAAAUACAGAGGCAAUUAUCCGCGGCAUGGCCGAAAUACGACUGUAGAAAAAAAUUAUGUAUGCGAUAGGUUUUAAUAAUUUUAGUGUUAUGAAGAUUUCACUAGGGACACAUAUUAUUAAUGUAGAUAGCCCGUGUCCCCCGUUAGCUGUCAUGAAAGCUAAACACAUAGACACGUAAAUUAAGUUUUCAUUUUAAUUUAAUUUCAUUUCAUUUACCAAAACUUUCUCUAUGUGUCUGGCGCUAUUUUAGAUUUCAUUGAACCAUAUAACACAUAAUCAAACAAUCUAUUUUUAGAAAUCCAUUACGUUAAUAUUUGUCUUUCAAAAAUGAGACAACUGAGGUAAAAGAGCAAAAUUUGCCACCAUAAAAGGAUUCAAGCUGUCUGUUUAGAGCACCAGCCUCUGGCCAGAUGUGCACUAAUUCGUGGCGUUUCAUCCCCCCUCCCCCCACCAUCCACGCUAGGCCGCUCCUUAGAACUGAACUACACUACUUAACCAAGAGGUUGGUAUAAAUGUUACUGAUCUGCAUAAGCCGUCUCCACUCCCGAAUAAUAUAACCAUCAAACCUUUAUUCGUUCAUCUUAAAAAAUUGGUAAACACAACCUUGUUGAUUUGGUUAAUUACCACCAGGGAUAAAAGAUUUGACAAGCUAUGGUUUUAAAAUGGCUUUACCAACUGAGUUGCUGAAAUCCCCAGGGUACUUUUUCUUCAAACAAGUAACGGAAAAAAAAAAGGAAAAAAGCUGCGUCGCGCUUUAGAAGGUAAGGGAAUAUUCAACAAAAAUAAUGGACAAAAGUGCCGUCUUGUGGUUCGAGUUCCUUGUAACUCCACUGAUGAAGGGCCAGGCCCGAAACGUUUGGAGAGGAACUCAAUUAAACCACAAGACGGCACUUUUGUUCAUUAUUUUUUUGUUGAACAUUCCCCUAGGGUUGAUUUCCAGUGCCGCAUAAUUUUAACGUGCGUACGUGCGUAAAAUUUACGUUCGCAAAUAAAAUAGAGGCAAUACAUGAAAGGUCGCUUGUAAGCGUAAAAGUUGAACCGCGCUCAACUUCUCUUUUAAGCUCAGCACUUUUUAUCUUGCCUCUAUUUUAUUUACGUGAUUAAGAUUUACGUGCGUAAACCUGCCUAGUGAAAUACGCGUCAGUGGAAAUCAUCCUUUACUUCGAUAAUUUAUGCCAAUCUUCCAAUAUACCGGAACAUAAUUGGACGAAUGAAGUAAAUUGUCUUUGUAAUUAUGGAAAACGAUGGACGUACAACUCAUGGUCGAUUAUACCAGCCGCUGUUCGGCGGUUUUGAAAAAGCCAAAGUAGGUCUCAGAGUCACCACUUUCCUCCUACAUCAACAAUAAUUUAUUACUAUUAAUAUGCCCCUUGGGUUGCCGUUCAUCCGCAGCAAACUGGCAUCAAUGUAAAAAAGGUGAUGGACACUUGGAUACUACAAAUGGGAUUACCGGUGGUCAACAUCACGCGCAUGGAUCAAGAGAAGGCAAGAGCAGAUCAAACACUAUUUCUUAUCGCCCCUGGUGCAAAGCCCAACCAGAGUUCUCCUUUUGAGUAAGUAUCAUCACUUUUGCAAGCCCGUGUGGUGAGAGAAACCAAAGGAAAAAAGUCAUGCAUGAGGACAUUAUUGUGUGUAAAUUUCUAAUGAACUAUUAUGAAAUUAUGUGCUACCAGGUUUUGUAAAAAUAUAUAAUAAAAAAUAUACUUGAUGAGUUUCAACAAGUGUUUCUGCUUUGCAGUUUGAAUCGGAAUUUGAAUUUGAGUCUAUUUUAUGUACGUGAUUAAAAUUUACGUGCGUUAACACGGCAGGGCCAAACCACCUCUCAAAGGGCUGAUUAAGGCUAAAUUUACAUAUCUUUUACAUUUCUUUUCAUUUCUCGACCAAACUUGCCAGAUAGACUACGAUUGUUGACCAAACGAUAUUAAAUUUUUGUUUGACGCAAAAUGUCCAAUAGUGACGUCACAAAGGCUGACGUCACCAAAAUGGGUUAAAUGCAGUUUUUAAUUUCAAAGUCAAACUUAUAUCAUUUGAAAGAGCUUUAGAAGAGGAGUAAAACAGCGAAAACCGUUUCUGGCUACGACACGUAAAUACGAUGUCUUUACAACGUUUUGUCAAAUAAUCAACGAAUCCAUUUCUUGAAAAAGUAAAGGGCCGAUCUCGAGUCACGAAAUUACCCUUUACCACCCUCUACACUAUGCAAAGAUAGAGGAAAAAUGUGUUGCCUUGAUGGUCAUCUAAUAUGAGAUGCGCUUUUUCAUAGUUAUACCUGGAAUAUACCUCUUACAUACAUAACUCAGAAGAAUAAGACUAGAGCCCAAGUUUGGAUGAAUAGAGGACCUGGUAAGAACUUUCAUAAAUCUUAAAUUAGUCACCAAAAAACAAAUGAGGCUACAAGACAGUUGUCUUUAAUAUUGCUGUUGUAAUUUUUGUACCAAAAAGGCCGCUUGGUCGCCGAUAUAUCUUGAGCUUUAAAAAAAAUUUGAUUAAAGUAACAAAAUCUAAAAAGAUACAGUCGUACCUCUCGGUAACCUCAACAGCAACGACAACAGCAACGACAACAACAACAAACGAGCAAACAAGCAUAAACGCUUGCUUCAAAAUCUUUUUCAGCUUCACUGAACUGGGCUUCCUCUGACGGUUGGAUUAAGACCAAUGUUGAUCAGAUUGGUUAUUACCGAGUAAACUACGAAACAGAGAACUGGAAGUCUUUGUACAAUCAGUUACUAUCUGACCAUAAAGUAAGUAUAACUGUAUUUUGCCUUUGGAGAUUAGUUAAACAAGUGAAACUGAUCAGGAAAUACUAGCUGGGAAUAGUCGUUUACCAUUAUUUUUGUUCUGUUAUGAUUUUUUUCUAAUAUGCUUCUUUUUUUAAAAUAAGGUUUAUAUGCUUUUGGUAUAGUUGUUAGUGAAAGUGAUUUAAAGUAAUUGGGCACGUAUAAAUAAGUGUAGUAAAAGGUAUAGUUUUUAAAAGACCCUUCCACGAUUUUUUUCAAAUUUUGACAUGGACAAGCUUGCGAAAAUCCGUCAUGUUCUCUGGAAACAGCGCCCUUGAAUUAGUAAAAUGGGCAAGUUUGAAAGUGUUUUAUUGAAAACUAUCAAAGAUUAUGAUAGCUCUUCAAAGUCGCGAAAGUUUACAGACGUUUGUAUGUUUGUGCCCGCACCAUAUAGACUUUUGUAAAUUUUCGCAGAGCAAUUUUACUAAUUUCAAGGCUCUCUUUCCAGUGUUGUCGACGGGUCCAUGACACGCUCUGCCGAUUUGGGUCCACCUAAAUUAAGUUAAGAUCUGAAUCAGGCAAAACGCAAUUUCAGUUUAUGAUCAGUAAUAACUUUUCUCCCGAACAAGGCUAAAUAUACAUUGUAAUACAAAUUUUUAAUUUAUAAGUUCGUGGCAUGUGAGGAUCGACGUUUGUCCUGAAGACGAUCCUCAAACGUUCUAUCCGUCGGAAACAGACGAAUAGAAAGUGUUGGACGAUUUAAACUCCUUCAGACGAACUUAACUGAGCCAGGCGUCGAACUUUUAACUCAAUAACUUUGGUUGGUCUCAUGAAAAGUUCGACGUUUGCCCUAGGCCUUAGACAUAGGAGCUCUCACUCAGUUGAAAAUUCACUCUUUGCGUGUGACACGUAGCCUUCACCUAUUACAAAGUUGAAAGAAACUGUGUAAUGCAAGUAAUCGUGUGAACGUCAAAGUUUUUUAAAAUACGAGUUGAAAAAGGUAGAUGUCUAGACGUUGCGAGGGUGCUCCCUGUGCCUCUUCUUGACGUUCUCGUUGCCGUCGCCCUUGUCGUUGCUCGCGACUAAAACUCCGCUGAUUUAACGAUGCGUGCAAUGUUGGUAAUCCAAACGUUUUUAGUGUAAACGCUUGCGAUCUCCAAUAUCUCAAAAUGUGAUGAAUCCGGAAAUUUUUAUGUAUACAUGAAAAAAAAAAAAAAAUCCUUUGUUUCAAUGUAGCAUAACUGGGGUCUAACUGGUUCGAAAUUUUUAGGCAUUAAGCGCCGCUGACCGGUCAGGACUGAUCGAUGACGCGUUUCAUUUGGCAAGGUAAGCGAAUAAGUUUUUUUACAGCUUUUAUUUUUAGUUACUAUGCCUGUGGCCUGCAAGCGCCUAUCGAGGUGACACAUGAUAAGGGAUUACAUAUUAAGCAAAUACAGUGGAAGCGCUUGUAAGUGGAAACCUCUGCUCACGGCAACCUUUAAAAACCCUGUUUCAACUCCCAUACAAAUUCUCUAUUUUUAAAUUCCCGUAAGCGGCCGCGGACGCUUUCAGGAAAUCUCAUUCUCAUCUGAAUCUUGUAUUUUCAUAAAUCAACUUGAAAUCAUUGUUUGCCUCAAUGGAUUUAUAUCAGUUUCAGUUUUUUGAAAAUUUUUUACACAUACACAACAACAAAAAUAGAAGCAUGACACAAGUCAUGUAUAGAUUUAUUUUACAUCAGUUGUUUAUUUUAAAUUAGGUGUUAUUACUGCCAACUACCAAAGCUAGUUUUAUUUACAAGAAACUUAGUAUUCUUCCUUCUCACGGCUUCUUCCUUUAUCACCUUUUUUUUUUACUGAUUUUUCUGUUUUUUUGUGUAUUAAUUGUACUGAGUUUGUUGCCCAUAAUUAUCUCUUUUUAGGAGCAAUCUGCUGAAACAGACUAUUGCUUUGGAUUUGACAGAGUACAUUAUUAAAGAAACAGAUUAUGUUCCACUGAAAACAUUUGUCGCAAACAUGUAUUAUAUCGGCGACAAUCUACUACUGCGAAAGUCUAUCGGAUUGUUUAAGGUAAAACUAAAUGUGAAGUUUGUCUGUAGUUAUAAUUUAGUUAAAGAGAGUCAACCUAGGUCAAGCAUACCCCCCCCCCAAGAUUCCAUUAAUGAAUUUUUAUUAUUUGAAAGUUGAAUCGGUUUGGUUUAAGAUUUAUCUCUGCUUCCCCACAUGCGUAAUGGGCAUGCGAGUUCUGCCAGCUCAGUUUUCUUGAAUUCGAUAUAAAUAUCUUCAAAGCUAUUUUAUCUAAUCAAAGAGUUUUUAAUCUUACCAAUUAUAUACUGAGAAGCUGUAGCCAAAAUUGCACUGUCCAUUACGCAUGCAGUCGAGCAGCCCAGGUCUUUAGUCGCUUGGGCGAAUGUUCAAGUCUGUUUAGCCAGUCUGUUUGUAUCAGGGGCAGACACUUUUGGGCUGCGUUUAUUUAAAAAUUGGACGCGACAAAUAAUUGUAUUUACUAUGUGUUAUGAACCCUUCUGCUCCCUGCUAGUUAUUUUCCAAUACCUACGGUAUACACAGUGGUUCAAUUCGGUACAGUCUGGUACCCCUCCUAAUAUAUAUUUGGGGGUCGCCUCCUUUUGUUUCCUUAGAGCUACAUGUUGCAGCAACUUGAUCCAACUAUAAAGCGACUGGGAUGGGAUGACGAGGGAUCACACUUAGACAAGUAAGAAAAAACCUUGCUAGGUCUGUACGCCAUACAUUCCCUGAUGGCUUAAGUAUAUUGAGAGUAAAUACAGUUUCAGUUUCUUAGCUACAAAAAUACAUUCAUUCAAUACAUUUAAUACAUGAAAAAUAACUAUAAUUAUCACUAAUCACUGAAAAAAUAAAAAGGGGGUUAAAUCCCCACAGUUAUAGAUAAUUAUAACUGCGUUUUAAUGUAGUUGAAAGAAGACUGAAGUUGACUUGACACAUGAUGAUGCAAAUACGUCACCUCUUCGUGGUCCAUCUUACGUUUGACAGAAUGUGCAGUAAAAUACCUGCUAGUUUACUAAAAAGCUGCAAGGCUGCUAGAUAAUGAGUGGUAUAGUAGGGGCCGAAUUACCCUUUUUUGCUCAGGAACCUUAUUUGCUUGUGCAAGAAUAUAUUAACGCCGAUGACGCAGCCAUAGCCUUUUCUCUUAAUCUCAUGGAUAAAAAUUGGUGGAUUCUCAUCGAAAUAAGGUCACGUGCUAUUUUUAGUUGGACUAAUCGUUUAGGCAGGUUCUCUAGUUAUUUUAAGAUCCUUUUAUAGUGAUAUAAUUGCCAUCCUUUGCAGACUUCUGCGGCCAUAUAUUUUUCUCACGGCUUGUGAUUGUUCAGAUAAAGCAGUUAUUUCCAGAGUCAAGAGGAUGUUUCAACUCGCCAUGGAGGGACACUUGUACGUAUAAUAAAGCUAACUGACAAAAAGAAAAGAACCAAACAUAGAGAAAAAUAUCCCAGGUUUACACAUAGGAUAGGAUUGCUCAAUUUCUGGACUAAGUUACCUGGUACACCAAAAGCUACAGAAUUAUAAAUACUUUAAUUAUUCUUUCUCCUUAUGGGGCUUUUUAGGGAUAAUGAGCAUUAUGAUUUAUAUGGAACAUAUAACUAUGAUAACAUGGUUAAAGAUCUUAACAGGAAGGAGGAGAACAAGCAGUGGCUACUUUACAAGCGUGGGCGAGGAUUUGAACUCGGGACUACCGUGAACAAAUCCAGCUAGCGGUCAGGGAGGGACUUGAACUCGGGACCUCCGAAUUACAAGUCCAGCGCUCCAACCGCUCAGCCACGCUACCUCCGCUUCAAACGGUACUACAUAUCCGAAGAUCACCGCUGGAUGAACGAAGUGCGUAAAUUCGACUGUCGUAUGAAUGGAAACAUUGUAAAUACGAUUAACAACACGUUUUGACGUCCCAAAACAGUUAAGCUCCAAAAAUUCUCUUCUAACUCCUAAAGCUUCUGAUAGCUUUCUGGGCAUACAAAUGACGUGGUCUUGUUGUGAGUUUGAGAAGCGAGUUCUUACAUAAAUAACUGAGCUUCAUUUAUUCCGUUUUCUCUUUUUUAUAGCAUAACAUCAAAUCUCCGUGCCGUGGUAUAUUCUAUCGGUGUCCGUGAGGGUGGUGUGAGGGAAUGGAAUCAAGUUUAUGACAAGUAUAAGUCAACAAAUAUUGCUUCAGAAAAGGAGAUUCUGUUAUCUGCUUUGUCGUAUACUUUGGUUCCCGAAAUGAUUGAAAGGUGACAUUUCUCUUGAUUUUUGUAAGCAAAUGUUGGUUACGUUAAAGUAUAGCCAAGAGAGAAUUAGCUAUCUCUCUCUCUCUCUCGACUUUUCUAAAUUAGGCUUGAAAAUCUUUGAUCUCGUUUUUAUUUAUUUAGUUUUUUAGGGGGAGGGCUUGGUGGGUGUGUGUGUGGGAGGAGGGGGUGGUUGAAGUGGGAAAUUCAACAUGCUUGGUCAGAGCUAUUUCUAAUUCUGAGCUAUUUCGAAUUAUUUCUGGCCUUAAAUUUUUUUGGUCUAUUUUUGUUGCACGAAUCCUUUUUUUCUCAAAUAUAUCUUGAUUUGUCUCUCUGCAUCUAGGUGUCUUAACUAUUCAUUGGAUAAGGACAAAAUACGUCCACAGGACACCCUCGUGGUAAUAUCUGACUUGGCCUCUGACCCUAGAACAUGGAGAAUGGCCUGGGACUUUGUGCGUAAUAACUGGAAAAUUCUUUACAGAAAGUAUGAAAGUAUUGCUGGUUUGUCACGUAAUUACAACUUUAAAUAAUAAAAAGAACACCAUCUUUCUUAGCUUUUAGUUUCAUAACAUUGUUUAGACUACAUGAAUACCUAUUUUUCGCUUACUAGAAGAAAACAAGAAACAAGGAAAAGAUAUCAUUGAACUGAGUAUUUUGGGUAUGGCCUCUGAGCAAAGCCAUCAAACACUUUUUGAUACUCCAAAACAACUGAUGAAAAAGCAGUCGAACCUCCUUGUGUGACGACCUAUCCAAAAUACCAAAGCUUUCCAAAUCAAACCUCCCUUACACGACCACUUUUCAUAAGCUACCGCGACCACUUUUUGUGGUGACGAUUUUAAAUUUAUCCGUUGCUUUUAACAUCGUGUAAGCGCCCGUUGACGCACCAUCUCUCAUUAUCGGUUGUUUGUACUACGCUACUCUGAUCAGCACAUAGCGGCUAAACAAGAAACUAAACGAAAUUUAAAGUUAACCUGGAAUAAAACAUUCAGACGGACGACGCUCAUUUAGUAUUAGUGUUGCAAGCUUGUGGAACAGACUGCCUGCGGAGUUGAAACUGACAUGGCUCUUUGUUGACUUCUGGUUCAUGUUGAGACCUUGUCGCACAAUUGUCUUAAAAUUGGUUUUACGUGAUUUUUAAACGUUUUAUUAUGUGAAACAGAUGUUAAAAGCCUUUGAGUAUUCUUGCAUUUAAAUUAAUUGACGUUUCAUUACUGUACUUAAUCGAUUAAUCAUUCCAACUAGGAAAAAGUCGGCGAAUUUCUCUUCAGAAUUCUUUCCUGAUCUAGCUUGUCAGACAGAUCAUUUGAAUGGUGUGUCAUGUUAGUUUAAUGCCCUUUUAAUAGUACAUUAUAUUUUUUUUUCUUUUAGGUACAGUCGUGGAUCUGAUUUAUGGUCAAAUUUGAUUACUAAGCUUAUGGUCAAUUGCAACACACAAGCACAACUCAAAGAAGUAAGAAUUGUAUUGGCAAGAAACAAUAAUAAUCAGGGUGUGAACACGUGAGGCGCACGUGACGAAUGGGUUACUGAAGUAUAUUUUUCAGCACAUUUAUCUGUAUAACAGGACGACUAAAUAGACUCUUUAUGAAAAAUGAUAAUAAUAUAAAUAAUAAUAUGAAUGUGCAGUUCAUGUUACGGUACAGCGGGCAACAAAAAGCAACAGGAGGGGUUGAACCAUGCAUUGAUCAAUGGGCUCCUCUUGAUUUUCAAUUUAACGGUAGUUAUAGGUCAGAAAAAUUAAACCUUGUUGAUGCCUUCCCCUGCCUUCCGUAUGCCUUCCCUUUAUUAAUAUGCAUAACUGCCUUCCUCCAUACUAAAGAGAGCCUUCCUGCAUACUCAUAAUUGGAUAGUCGUUUAUAUGUUAACAACUGUACUUUUCACUGACAGAAGCAAAAGCUUAGCCCAUUGGCUUGCCUGUUCUUUUCUAACCCUUAAUGGUUAAUAAAAAGUCUAUUAUGUGCUCACAAUAAAGGCGGACUAAUUUUGAACGCGCUAUCUUUCUUGCAAUCCUUUUGCCAGGAAAAUUAUUCGUCCGAGUUUGCUUGUUUCAUGCUCCGUUCAAGUCAGUUCUGAUUAUGCGAGUUAAGGAACAGUUCCAACAUUUGCAUACUAAUUGGCCCUACAGCUAGACCCAAGGGACAGUCUUGACUUAUUGUUGGAAAAACACAAAACAAUAAAAUGAAAAAAGUAAGAAGGAUAAAUUGAAACAGGCGACUAAUAAAUGCUCGCAAUAAAACCAGACACGCUUCUUAAGCAAAAAGAAAUCAACUUUAUGAUCCUUUAAUAAGUACAAAAAGAGUAAAAUACUCAACGAUUUAAAAGGAAUCUAUUAACAUAGUGAAAAAAAAGCAAGCUAGCUCUUUUACACUUAGUACAAUGUUUUACUAACCCCUCCCCCUCCUUCCCUCAGUUUUUUCGAUUUUUUCCCCUCCACCACUAUGACCCUAUCCACCCUACAUCGACCCUACAUCGACCCCGCAUCGACCGUACAUCGACCCCAGAUCGACCCUACACUCAACUUUUUUUUUCAGCAAUAGAAAAUGUGGUGGUGGUGGAGGUGGUGGUUAGCAUGGAGGAGAGCAGUUAUGCAUAUUAUUAACGGGAAGGCAUAAACAAGGUUUAAUAUUGCUGUCCUAUAACUAUCCUGUAACACUCUUACUUUAUAAUUUGGUGUUCAAACAAAGAGAAGAGUACAUUGAUUUAUUACCUAUUUUUUCUCUUAGUUUAUGGUAUUUUUCAAGGAUUACCCGUCUACGGCGUCUGCGUAUCGACAGGUUCAGAUGGGAAUGGAACAGAUUCGAGCCAAUAUCAUGUGGCUUAGUGAACAUGAGGACGAAGUGACCGCUUGGUUAAAACGACACGUUUAA